CUCAUGGCGUCUAAAUUGGCAUAAUUUUAAAAAAUUCACAUUUGUGGAAAUGAGUUUUCACUUUUCUUUGGAUAUAUAAGUGUGAUUAUUAAUUAUUUUAAAGUCAGAGGUUUUAUCCUUCAACCAUGUGUGAUGUAAUGCCUACAAUCUCAGAAGAUGGUAAUUCGAGUCAAGGAGAUAGAGAUUCACAAGCUAGUGGAGAGGGGACAAAUGUUGAAGAUAUGCUAUUAAGUAUACUGGAUGAACGUGAUCGACUAAUGGAAAGUUUACAUGAUGCACAAGAUCAAUUGGUAUUCACACAGAAUCGACUUGCAGAAAUUGAACGAGAAAGAGAUGUAUUAAAUCGACAAUUGUCUGAAAAACUUCCUGAAGAUUUAUCAUUAUUGGCCAAAGAAGUUCAUCGUCUACGUGAUCAGAUAUCUGAACGUGAAGAAGAAAUUGUUGAAUUGAAAUCUGAACGGAACAAUACCAGGCUUCUUUUAGAGCAUUUAGAAUGUUUAGUCGCUAGACAUGAACGUUCACUAAGAAUGACAGUUGUUAAACGUCAAGUAAACAGUCCUGGUGGUGUUAGCUCUGAAGUUGAAGUAUUAAAAGCAUUAAAAUCUCUAUUUGAACAUCAUAAAGCAUUGGAUGAACGUGUGAGAGAACGUCUUCGUACAGCUUUAGAACGUGGUGCUCAACUAGAAGAAGAAGUUCGAUCAUCUGCAGCUGAUCGUGCAGCUUUAAGAGAACAGCUGGCUGCAGCAUUGGCUGGAGUUGCAGCUGCUGCAGCAGUUCAACAACAACGUCAACAACAAUCAGCUUCAGCUGUGAAUGGAAAUAAUAGUGCUGACACCAAUCACAUAUCACAAAGCAGUAGUAAAGAAAGUGGCGAUACUAGUGAAGUAGGCAGUAAACUAGCCUCACUGCCACCUGGUGGACCACCAGUCAACUUAAAAGACUCUGGAGAUGAAGGUUCAUCAACCAGCUGUUCACCUUCAGAGAAUGCUGGUGCAAAGACAGUCGCUUCAGUGGCCGCCGCCGCUGCAGCUGCUGCUGCCAGUGCUGUUGCAGCUGAACGUAAACUUGCUGAAGUGACAACAAAGUCAAGAGAUUUAGAAGCUUCGAAUACAACUCUUCAAAAAGAAUUAUCUAGAGCUCAUGAUCAGAUUUCUCGUUUACAAAGAGAACUAAGAGAGUUAGAAGCUCAACGUGAAGAUCAAGAGGCGCGUAUUGCAACACUGGAACAACGUUAUCUUUCAACACAACGUGAAGCUACCGGUACUUUGGAUCGACUAAGUCGAGCUCAAUCAGAGUUGAUUACUCGUGAAAUUGAAUUGAAACAAGCAAAAGAUCAUGCAAAUCAUUUAGCCAGUGAAUUAGAAAUAGUUCAAAAUGAAUUAGCUAUUGUUAAAGUGAAUGCAACAGCCAAUCAACCACAGCACCAGCAACAUUCACAAUUGAACAAAUCAUCUAGUAAAACAACUAAUACAGAUCAAUUGCCUAUUGAAAAUGGUGAAUUCACUGAAUCCACAGACACUGACAAUAGUAAUAACAAUAAUAAUGAUAAUGACAAUGGAUCUAAUCAAGUAGAAAUUAGACGUAGAAAGAAAACUUCUGAAUUAAAUGAUAAUUCUGCAUCUACUGCAUCUUGUGUUGAUGAAUUACGUGUUCAAUUAUCAACAGCUGAAGAGCGUAUUAAAGAUAUGGAGGCUGAAAUGAAUGAAAUUCAAUCAGAAUUACAAAGAGCUAGACAACGUGAACAAUUGAAUGAAGAUCAUAGUUCACGGCUAACUGCUACAGUUGAUAAAUUACUGUUAGAAUCAAAUGAACGCCUACAAACGCAUUUACGUGAGAAAAUGGCUGCACUAGAAGAGAAAAAUCAACUGCACACCGAAUUAGAUCGUUUACGACGUCUACUUGAAACGAGUCAAAAUGAAAGAGAUCGUGCGCUAGCUGAUAUGGAACGAUUAAGGCGUAGUUCAGCUACAACAACACCAACUGCUCUUGGUUUACAAGGUGAUACAUAUUCAAGUGGUUCGCAUAGCCUUCGAAGAAUGCCGCGCAAUGUUUCAAGCAGUCGAACAGAUCAGACUCUAUUAGACAAUGGUGAAGUAAACAUAGACGAAUUAGAUAGCAGUAAUAAUAGUAAUUCACUGAAACGCAUUAAACGUAAUGUCGGCAACUCAGAUUGGUUAGACAACACAGAUAAUGAGGCGGCAACAAGUCCAGUUAGCCGAGGUCAAUCAGAUCUUGGCACUGCUGCUAAUACAGAUGCUCAACGAUUAGCUUUAAUGAUACAAAAUCAAUUGGAUGCAAUUAACAAAGAGAUUAAAAUGAUACAGGAAGAGAAACAAACUGCUGAACAGUUAGCUGAAGAACUAGAACUCCGCGUUGGUACAAAUCGUAAUGGAAGUUCUGAUGGCCAGUUGAUGGAAGAAUAUUAUCAACACCAGCAUCAACAACAACAACAACUACAACAACAACAACGAGGUGGUAUUGGUGGUGUUAACGACCCUAGUGGAGCGUACUACUACAUGAAUCAAGAUACACGUCUCCAUUCGAAUAAUGUUAUGCCUAGCCUGCUACCGAAUUUUGGUCCAACUGGUUGGUCUCCGCCUCCAUCACCGUUAAGCUCGCGGUCGACACCAUUUGGUGGGAUAUCAAAUGAUUCAUUCAGUGGUAGUUUCAGUAAUCCUGCGCGUAAUACAUCCUCUUUGCCUGGUAAAGAGACAGAGCGAUCGCUGCCUCAAUAUCUGCCUUCAUUAGAUCCUUCACGUAAUAUUCAACACCAAACACCACUGGGACAGCAGUAUUCACAGUCAACUACUGGUGCUAACUUUAUGUCACGUAGUAGUCAAUUUGAACAACAACGAUCGAUGUCAGCUGCUGGACGUCCAUUGCAUCAGUCUAUGGGUAUGAACGGUAGUUUUGUUUCAACACCACAUCUUAAUCCUCAAUCCUCGUCAUCAUCAUCUUCAUCACCGUCUGUUGUUGUCACUCAGAGUCCAAACAAUAAAUCUACAGUUUCAGCAGCUAGUAUAAGUACAAGUACAACGCCAAUUACUAAUGGAGGGCCUACUAGAAGUGUGACAUUAGCUGAUGCUAUCGCUGGUCUUGAACUGCUGGAUCAUAUGCGUAAGGAACGUAGCGCCCAACAACAACAGCAACAACAGUAUCAAAAGAAUAACAAAUUUGCUUCAUGUGUUAUCACUGAAAAUCCCUACGAAUUCGGUCCUGAUGAAUAUUCAACAGUGUCCACCUUAGAGUUGAGUCGUGUUAGUUCAUCUUCUGAGACUGUUAUCUCUGAAUCGAAUACAAAAUCACAGCAGCAACAACAACAGCAGAAACUUCAACCUACUGAUGAAUCACAACGAUUGCGAAAAUUGAGUAGUAAAGACAAUAACAACAACAAUUUUGUUGUAAGAAAUACAGAGUCGAAUCAGUCAAAUGUAACAACAUCGAAGGUUAACAAUGGUUUAAUUACAUCUGAUGAUUUAAUACAAGGCAGUUUAAUCAAUCAACCACUUCGUCCUGUUUCACAACUCCAAUAUCACUUGCCAAAUGCUCCACCGCCUCCACCUCUUCCUCUGCCACCACCUUCUUCAGCUUCUCUUCCUGCAUCGUCAUCAUCAACAUUACCGCCUUCUGUCAGUCCAAAUGUAUCAAAUACUACUACUACACAGGGCAUAGAAAUGAAUAACACUCAUAUGAUGAAUUAUCCUCCUCCUCAUUCUCAAGAAUUAAUGAAUUCUAAUGUUUACUUAAGAAAUAAUUAUCGUACGAAUAUACCAACUUCUGCCGCUGGUGUUGGAUACCCACCUGGUUCUGAUAAUUUAUUAAACGGAAAAUGUGACAAUACUGGAACAAAGACGUCAACUACUGCACAGGUAUCUGUUGCAGCAGUAGCUAAGUCAUUAGUUCUACCCGGAUCGAAACAACAACUGCCUACUAUGCAAGAUUCAAAUAUGCCAUCGAAUGAACCAUCGCUUAUUCGUAAACUGUCUGUUCCACCGAUUCCAAAUCAUACUGCAUCAGUAUACCUACGUAGAGGACAUAGCUUAAAUAAACCGAAAGUCAAUGAUAGAUAUAAUACAGAUGAACAUAGCGAUCCAUCGAUGACACCGACAUCAACAACAACAACGGCAACAGGUACUACUGCUGAUGGAUAUAUGAUCAAAGAGUCUGUUAGUGAUGAAGACUUGAAUCAUGCCAGUUAUCGAUAUUCUGUGAAUACACUUACCGAUCCUGUUGCAUCAUCAAGUUCAUUGUCGGUUAUUUCAGCAGAUAGUCCUGAAGAAGAAGGAGAAGUUUCAUCAGCUGCUUCAGAUUCAUUAGUCUGUAGUCAAAUGAUUGAUGGUCAGUCAGGUGGACAACAGAGCAUGUCAUUAAUGAAUAAACAGAUGUAUCACCAACACCACCAACAACAACAGCAACAGCAAGCACAACAGUUUAGACAACAACAAGCAAUUACAGAUCAAUCUAUGAGCUUGAAUCAACAAGCAAUGUAUCAACGAGAUUAUGAACAGCAACAACUUCAGCACCACCACCACCAACAACAACAACAUCAGCAGCAGCAGUUACAAUUUGCCCAUGGGACAAGACCUCCUCAUCUACAAAUGAAUUCUAUGCCUAUGUAUCAUCAACCUGCAAAUCUUUAUCAACAACAACAACAUCGUCUACGUACACUAGGACCAAGAAAUCAAGUCUAUGGCAUGACUGACAGUUAUCACCUACAACAACACCACCAACAGCAAAUGAAUGCAAUGACUCGAUUAGAUCCAACACAAUCCUUCUUCUCGCCAACACCAUCACCAACACCGAGCAAGAAGAAAUCUCGUAUGCUAUCAGGUACAUUUGGUCGACUGUUUCGACGUAAUCAGUCAGGCGGCGGUAGUGGUGUUAGUGGUAGUAGUGGUGCCAGUGGUGGUGGUGUUGUUAGUGGACCAUUCGAUGUUGUAGCACAACAUCAGCAGCAACAGAAUUAUUAUCCUGUACCGAAUCAUAUGAAUCAAUCAUUCAGAGGUGCAUCAGCUUCACCUGUACGUAUUGGUUCGCCUAUGAUGCAUACCCCAUUGACAUCAGCAACAUCAACAACUAAUAAUAAUAAUAGUAGUAAUAAUAAUAAUGUACGUUAUUCUAUGCAACAUCAACAACAACAGUCUAUGAGUCCACAACCAAUGCUUGGACAAGGAAUUCAACCUCCACCCUUACCACCUGCACAAUAUCAUCCAUCGAUGUCGAGUCAAGCACAAAUGAUGCAACAGCAACAACAAAUGUAUCAGUUUAGACAAAGACAACAAGGAUUAGAAUAUGAUGAUGGAAAUGUUGGAUCAAAUGUUAUCACUGGUGGAUCUGUAUCCCCACUGUCCUCAUCCACUAUAUCAGGUGGUUUGUCUGAGUCGACUAUCCCUUCAAGUGCUAGAAUAAUGAGUCCCAAUCCUAUGCCGCCUAUGACUAUGAGCGGUGGUGUAGGUCAACCGCCGCCUUCUACCCUUCCACCACAAGUUCCUGAAGAACGUAGACGUUGGAAGAAAGAAGAACUGUUGGAACAAGCUAUGAUGGCUAGAUUACCAUUUGCACAAUGGAAUGGUCCUACAGUUGUAGCAUGGUUAGAGUUAUGGGUUAGUAUGCCAGCCUGGUAUGUAGCUGCGUGUAGAGCAAAUGUUAAAUCUGGUGCAAUUAUGGCAUCAUUAUCUGAACAAGAAAUACAACGAGAAAUUGGCAUUAGUAAUCCUUUGCAUAGGCUAAAACUACGUUUAGCUAUACAAGAAAUGGUUGCUUUAACUUCACCGACACCAGUUCCUAAACCAAGUACAAGUCGUUUGGCAUUUGGUGAUAUGAAUCAUGAAUGGGUUGGUAAUGUAUGGCUGCCUAGUCUUGGACUGGCUCAAUAUCGUCCAGCUUUUAUGGAGUGUUUAGUCGACUCGCGGAUGCUUGACCAUCUGACAAAACGUGAUCUACGAACUCAUUUAAAAAUGGUUGAUAAUUUGCAUAGAACAAGUUUACUAUACGGUAUUGUCUGUUUAAAACGCUUAAAUUAUGAUCGACUGGAAUUGGAGCGUAGACAACGUGAAGCUGCACAUCCUGAUAGUAUUGAUUUAUUAGUUUGGUCCUGUGAACGUGUUCAAGCUUGGCUAGAUGAAAUUGGUCUCAAGGAAUAUGCACCAAAUUUAAAUGGUUCCGGUGUACACGGUGGUGUGAUUGGCUUACAUCCUGAUUUAAAUGCUCAACAAUUAGCUUUAACACUUCAGAUUCCCACAUCGAAUACAACAGCUCGUGCUACACUAGCUAGAGAGUUAACUCAACUUGUCCAACGUUUUCGUGCUAAUGUGCCUAUUGCAGCAGCUAGUAUUGGACCAGCUCCAAGAGUAUUGGCAAUGGAAGCUGCUGCUGUCGUGGCAGCUAACAGAGCUCGAGCACAAUUUGAUAAUCAAGAUAUUUCUUAUCCUGAUGAUGGAUUCAAUGAAACAGCUAUAACUAAUGACGGGGAUGUUACAGAGCCAACAGAAGAUCGAGCUACGCCUACAAAUACAUCUGAACAAAGUCAAACAGAUACACAACGAACACAAUUAGAAUUAUCCAACUCUAAUUCUGAUAAAAGUAUUGCUAACAGUAAUAAACUAUCAGAUAGUUCGACAACUGCAAAUCUAGACGCUAACAAUACUACUGUGAACAAUUCUGCCCACGGUAGUAGUACUAUGAGUAGUAGUACUACCACUACUUCAACUAUUCCUGGAAAUCAAGGCAUUACAACAACAGCAUCACAGAAGAAACGAGCUCCUCAGGUACCUAGUGUGACUACGCCCUCAUCAAUGAAUAAAUCAACUGCUUGA